GUCUAAGCCUCACAGCCGUUGUCAACGACCUCUAUUUGUCUUGUACAAAUAGACCUUCCUGUUUUAGAAGCGGGCGGGGCUUGCUGGCGGAAUGGCGGGCCAGGCGCAGAUCUAUUUAUGAUCCAUGUCUCACGGCUACAGUAAUCCAUGGCCGGCACCAGCGGAAAAGCCAUCCACCUGCGACCGUCUGGCUCGAAACCAUCCCAUCUCCCAUCCGCUUGAGAAUUGAGUACGCCUUCACGGGUGCGAUACACUACUCGACGACAUGGGCACUAUCUUGUCGGUCCUGCUGUCCAUCUUCCUACUCUACUGCGUCAAGAAAUAUGUCGACUACCGCGCAGUCAUCAAAUCCAUACAUGAUCAUCCUGGAUACCGCACGCUCCUCCCGACGCAGGGCUUGCUCGCCUUCGUAUUCAGGUUCAAAAAACCAAUACGCGGAAUAACCAGAGGUGGGAUGAGUUUCUGGAGGGGGAAACAUCUUAUGUUCGAAGAACACGGCAUGGACAUAAUCACCACGGUCUCUGUCCUCCCGAAAGCGCACAAUGAAUUCAUAGUUGCUGAUGCAGCGGCAAUAAAAGAGAUUACAUCGUCCCGUGCCCAGUUCCCAAAGCCAGUUAAACAGUACAGAGCGCUGGCCUUCUUUGGCAAAAAUAUUAUCGCUUCGGAAGGGGAAGAUUGGAAGCGCUACAGGAAGAUUGCUGCACCUGCAUUCUCCGAACGCAACAACAAGUUAGUCUGGGAAGAGACUGUCAAGAUCAUGGCCGACCUGUUCGAAAAUGUCUGGGGGGAACAGAAGGCCAUCACGGUGGAGAAUGCGGUGGAUAUCACGCUGCCGAUCGCACUUUUCGUCAUCGGUGUCGCUGGCUUCGGCAGACGGAUGACCUGGCAGGAAGACUCUAAACUUCUACCGGGCCACAGCAUGACCUUCAAGGAAGCUCUACACUACGUCUCAUUAGACGUCUUCAUCAAGCUCAUCACUCCUGACUGUCUCCUGAAGCUAGGCCUGACAGAACGAAUGAAGCGGGCCAACUUGGCCUUCCAGGAGCUCGAGCAACAUAUGAUGGAGAUGAUCCAUGCUCGACGAUACGCCGAGAAGAAGGAGGAGCGAUAUGACCUGUUCAGCGGAUUGCUGGACGCCAGUGAGGAGGAGUCCGAUGGUCAGGCGAAGCUUACGGAUCGGGAACUCCUUGGUAAUAUCUUUAUAUUCCUGCUGGCUGGUCACGAAACUACCGCACAUACACUGUGCUUCACGUUUGGGCUACUUGCGCUGUAUCCCGAGCAACAGGAGAAGCUAUAUCGACAAAUCAAGAGCGUCAUUCCCGAUGAUAGACUACCGACCUACCAAGAGAUGAACUCGCUAAGCGAGUCAAUCGCUGUGUUUUAUGAAACACUCCGGUUGUUCCCACCUGCGGCCGCUGUCCCCAAAUACGCCGCUGAGGAUGCUACGCUCGUGACUACCGACAGCAGCGGCAAUAAUGUCAUCGUUCCGGUCCCCCAAGGCAGCACCAUCGUGCUGAAUAUCACAGGCUUGCACUACAAUCCCCGCUACUGGGAGGAUCCGUACGCAUUCAAGCCGGAGCGGUUCCACGGCGACUGGCCACGCGACGCGUUCCUGCCCUUCAGCUCUGGCGCUCGGUCGUGCCUCGGACGCCGUUUCUUCGAGACCGAGGGCAUCGCGAUCUUGACUAUGCUCGUCUCACGGUACACGAUUGAGGUCAAGGAGGAGCCAGAGUUCGCGGGGGAGACGUUUGAGGAGCGUAAGGAGCGGAUCCUCCGUGCAAAGGGGGGUCUGACGUUGAC